AAGAAAAAAAAAAGAAAAAAAUCCUCUAAAACCCCAGCAUUUAAAAUCCUAAACCCCAUCGAUUUCCCACUUUAAUUCUUACUAAAGUUCAAAAAGAAAACAAAAACAAAAAUAAAAUAUGACUGUGAUUACAGAGAGCUGGGUUCAUCAUCACAGGCAUUGCAAUGGCAAAUGUUUUUGUUUUCCUUCUUCUUCUCUGUAUUUAAUCCUUAAAUCAAACUGGGUUCGCUUAUUAUAUUUUUAUUCAUCUCAGUUCCAACAUCAAUUUCAAUGGCGAGAAAUUUUUUCUGACUCGCCACACUGCCUCUUCUGCUACUGCUACUGCUGCUUCCUAUGCUUUCACUACUGUUUGAUUUUGGGUUCUAUUUCCCUUUUUUUCCUUUUUUUCUUUUCCAUUUUUUGUUCGUUUCCACUCAUGCCCACAUCUCAGUCGCACUUGCUUCUCUUGUUUUGAUUCUCCCUAGAGAGAGAGAGAGAGACGUCUAUCUAUCACUCUUGAUGGAACGAAACCUUCCGUCAAAACCUAAUUCCAUUAUUCUUUAAUGGGAGAGAAUGCUCUAAGAUCACCAAAAGAUAUGUAGCUCUCUGCUUCUUCUACCCUCUUCUUCUUUUUCUCUUUUGUUUGCACUUGCCGUGAUUCUCUGGGAUUUUUCCUUUUUCGGGUCUGAAAUGAAUUUAAUGGGUGAGAGAUUGAGUAUUGUGUGGUGGUAACUUGGGUUUGCCUGUUUUGUUAUUUUGGGCUUUCUGGGUGGGUUGGGGGAGGAUUGGAGCUUUGUCUUGUUGACAAUGGAGGUUAGUUCUGAGGGAGAGAAGAAGCCACCACCACCUGUGGAGGCGACGAAGAUCAAAAGGAAAAUGAAGACUGCUUCGCAAUUGGAAAUUCUUGAGAAGGCUUAUAUGGGGGAGCCUUAUCCAUCGGAAGCACUACGAGCUGAGUUGUCGGUGAAGCUGGGAUUGUCGGAUAGGCAAUUACAGAUGUGGUUCUGUCACCGGAGGUUGAAGGACCGGAAGCCGCCACCAGUUAAGCGACCAAGGAUGCCUUCUCCAACCAUGACGGUAGCUGCAGAUGUGAACCCAGUUGGGGGAAGUGGUGAGAAGAAUGAGAGCACUUCAGGAUUGGGGAAAGGGUCAAAUGCAUAUGCUCAUCCAGUGGACGUGAGGCCUGGAGUGGCUGUUGCGAGGAUUGGCCUUAACUUACCUUCAAUGAACAGGUUCUAUGAGUCGCAGCAGUCUAUUGCAGAGCUCCGGGCCAUUGCUUUAGUAGAGGCUCAGCUAGGAGAAGCUUUGAGGGAGGAUGGACCAAUUCUUGGCAUGGAGUUUGACCCUCUGCCACCAGGGGCAUUCGGGGCACCGAUAGGAGUCACUGCUUUCAGUGAUGAUGAGAAGAAAACCGGACAGUUUUUUGAGGUUAGUAAGCAAAGAGAUAUAGAGCAGAUUGAGCAUCAUCAGAUGUCUGGGAGGACUCUGCACGAAUACCAGUUUCUUCCAGAACAGCCAACUGCAAAAUCUGAUGAACACGAGAGAGAUAUCUCAUCUUACCAUUAUGGUACUCAUGCAAAUGUUCAUAGUAUCAGCAGGACUCUGCCGAUGGCUUCUGGACACUCAUUUUUGCAUGGACAUGAACAAAUGUCCUCCAGCUAUUGUUCUCAAGUUCAGAUGCCCAACCUGAAUAUAGUUGCUCAGCAAAGCAGACGGAGCCACAACUUAGUAUCUUCCAUGGGCGAGCAUGAUAAUAGUUUAUGCAGGAGUUCUCUUGUAAAUAUUUCUAUGAAUCCUCUAUAUGGCACUCACUCAACUUCUCAUCCAGAAUUUACAUCCGUUCUAUCUGAUAAGAGGGUCGUUCGUGGAAACAAUGUUGUAUGGAUUGAAAAGAAGAGCAAGAAUGAUGAGGCCAGAAUAGCACGGGAAGUUGAAGCUCAUGAGAAAAAGAUGCAGAAAGAACUAGAGAAACAAGAUGCUCUGAGGAGAAAGAGAGAAGAGCAGAUAAGGAAAGAAAUGGAAAGGCAUGACCGAGAAAGGCGAAGGGAAGAAGAAAGACUGUUGCGUGAGAAGCAAAAGGAGGAAGAAAGAUGCCUAAGGGAGCAAAGGCGUGAAAUGUUGAGGAGAGAGAAGUUCUUGCAUAGAGAGUCCAUUAGAGCUGAGAGAAUUAGACAGAAAGAAGCACUGCGCAGGGAAAGAGAAGCAGCAAGGCUUAAAGCUGCCAAUCAGAGGGCCGCUGCUCGCCAGAUGGCUAAGGAAUCAACAGAACUUGCUGAGGAUGAACGCCUGGAACUCAUGGAGUUAGCUGUGUCAAGCAAGGGAUUACCUUCAAUAAUGUCUCUUGAUCAAGAAACUUUAGAAAAUCUGGAGUUAUUUAAAGAUAUGCGGCCAAACUUUCCACCUGAAUCUGUGCAAAUGAAAAGGCCUUUUCCAGAUCAUCCUUGGAUUGAAUCUGAAGCGAAUGUGGGAAACCUUCUCAUGGCGUGGAAGUUCUUGGUUACUUUUGCUGAUGUUCUUGGCCUUUGGCCUUUUACUCUUGAUGAGUUUCUUCAAGCUUUUCAUGAUCACGACUCAAGGUUAUUAGGUGAAGUACACAUUGCUGUUCUGAAAUGCAUCAUAAAAGAUAUUGAGGAUGUUGCUAGAACCUCCUCUAUAGGUCUAGGAUUCAAUCAGAGUAGUGGUGCCAACCCUGGAGGUGGCCAUCUGCGAAUAGUUGAAGGGGCAUAUGCUUGGGGUUUUGACAUAUGCAGCUGGCAGCAACAUUUAAAUCCUUUAACAUGGCCUGAGAUACUUAGACAGUUGGCCUUAUCAGGUGGGUUAGGUCCUCAACAGAGGAAAGGGGGGAAUGCUGAACCAGCACAUCAUGAUGAAAAUGAGCAGGGUAAUGAUGUUGCAGACAUCAUUUCAAAUUUACGCAAUGGUUUGGCUGCAGAAAAAGCUGUUGCUAUAAUGCAAGAAAGGGGAUUCUCCAAUCAACGCAAAUCUAGGCAUCGGUUGACUCCUGGAACUGUAAAAUUUGCAGCUUUCCAUGUUCUUUCUCUUGAAGGAAGCAAAGGUCUUAAUAUUGUUGAAGUUGCAAAUAAAAUUCAGAAAUCUGGACUUCGGGAUCUUACAACAAGCAGGACACCAGAAGCUUCUAUUGCUGCUGCAUUGUCUAGAGACUCAAAAUUAUUUGAAAGGACUGCUCCUUCAACGUAUUGUGUCCGCUCUCCCUAUAGGAAAGACCCUGGCGAUGCAGAUGCCAUACUUUCUACUGCAAGGGAGAGAAUUCGCACAUUCAAAAGCGGGAUUUUGGAUGGUGACGAUGCUGAAAGAGAUGAUGGCUCAGAAGUUGAUGUUCCUGAGGAUGCUGAAGUUCAUGAUUUGGGCACUGGAGGAAAUUUAACAAAAGAACAUCAAAGUCCUGAAGUAUGCCCUCUAGAUGAAAUGACUUCUGUUGCAAGUGGAAAUGGAUGUAAUGAGAUUAGAGAUAUUUGUAAAGUCGGUAUGGAGAAUGGUGGUCCUUAUACAUCUAUCCUGGACAUCAAAGGUAGGGUAAAGGGGGAAGAAAGUCCUCCCGUUGAACAACCUAUUUUUAUUUCUGGAAUUUGCACCGGUCAAUAUCAAGAAGAUUCAACUUCUGAUGAAGGUGAUCAUGGCGAACCUUGGGUCCAGGGUCUUACUGAGGGAGAGUAUUCUGAUCUUAGCAUUGAGGAGCGACUUAAUGCACUAUGUUCAUUAAUUGGAGUGGCACUUGAAGGAAACUCAAUGCGAACCAUCCUUGAAGAGCGUCUAGAGGCUGCAAAUAGUUUGAAGAAGCAAAUGUUGGCAGAGGCGCAAAUUGACAAGCGACGCGUCAAAGAAGAGUACGUCUUGCAGAUCCAUGACUCUUUGAGUGUGGGAAACAAGUCUGAAUUUAAAACUAUGUCGUCAUUGGAUGCAACAAGGCUCAGUGCAAUUCUAAAUAUUGGGGAAGAAAAUAGAGAAGGACCAUUAGACACUGGUUUUCAGCAAGAGGACUGUCAUAGUUCACAUAAUAAUUGCCCCUCGGACGGACUGCAAGUGCAAGAUGUACUUGUUGAGGCAGAUAAUUCACAGCUUCAACAUUCAGUAGUAGCGGUUGAAAAGUCAAGGUCACAAGUGAAAUCUUAUAUUGGACACAAAGCAGAAGAGAUGUAUGUGUAUAGGUCUUUACCUCUUGGUCAGGAUCGAAGGCGUAAUCGAUACUGGCAAUUUACUUCAUCUGCUUCUCGAAAUGAGCCUGGUAAUGGCAGAAUUUUUGUUGAGUUGCAUAACGGGACUUGGAGGCUUAUCGAUUCUGCUAAGGGAUUUGAUGCUCUCUUAGCUUCUUUGGAUGUUCGUGGGAUCAAGGAAUCUCAUUUGCAUCUCAUGCUACAAAAAUUAGAAAAAUCUUUUAAAACAGCUACUAGGGGGAAUAUACUGACAGAUGGCCAGAGGACGGGUGAAGAUGCUGCUGGCCAUCAUUGCAAUGCUCGUAAUAAUGGUCCUAGUAGUACUGUAUAUGCAGAUAACCAUGAUGGAUUUGAAAGUUCAACAUCCUUCAGAAGUGAGGCUGAAGAAACUGGUUCAGAUACGACCGAAUCAUUAAAGAGAUACCUUGAUUUCGAGAGCUGGAUGAGGAGAGAGUGCUUCAGUCUUUCAGUUCUAUCCGCUAACAAAUAUGGAAAGAAGCAGGGCACACAAUUACUAGGUAUGAGAUCUUAUCAAUUCAUUUAUUCUGAAAAUUUCCACCACUGUUGUUCUUCCAUCUUAUAUUUUCCUGAACACAUGGUCCAACGUAUAGAGAACAUUGGUCUAUCUUGGUGUUCAUCUUCCCCCUUGAGGAUUAGAUUACUUAAGAUGCUGUUGACUUUGAUUGAGGUUUCCAUUCCAGGGGAAGCUUUUCAACCAUCCUGGACAGAUUUCGAAAGAAAAACUUGGAGUUCAAAACUUCUGUCUUCAUCCUCUGCUGAGGACGUUCUUCAGAUUCUGACUCUGUUGGAGAAUGGCAUUAAGCGGGACUUUAUGUGGUCUAACUAUGAGACCACCUAUGAAUUGUUGGCUUGCGUCAACCCACCAGGAAGUUACACUUGUCAUAGUUCUUUCCCUGAAACAGUUCCAGUUCUUCCAUGGAUACCACUUACAACGGCUGCUGUGGCAUUGAGGCUUUUGGAAUUUGACGCUUCCCUCUCCUACAUUCUGCAGCAGAAAGCUGAGUCUCAAGCUCAGGGGUCAAUGGACAUAAAACCCUUGUCAGAUUCUGCAACUGCUGUAAUUUCAAAUGAUCAUGUCAAAGAAGCAAACUUGAUAUAUGGCGGGGUUGGACCCUCAAGCUCUGAUUAUGGACAACUAGGUAGCAAAAGAGGACAUGGACGUAUCAGAGGUGCAAAAUCACACAAAAGAACCAAUAGCAUGAGGCCUGUAUCUGAUAAGAGUACUGGCAACAACCGAAAAAUAUUAAGGCAGGUGCUUAUGUGGGAGGACGGACAGGUGGAAGAACAGGGAGGAUUUAGGCGCGGUCGUCGGAGUGCUAGAAGCAGGCAAAAAUCAGGAAGGAAGAUCAAGUUUGGCUCUGAGGGAGGUCAUCCUGAAGAAACUAUCAAUGAAACAUCAAAAUUAUCUCUGGACAACAGUCAUGAAUGGAACGAUGAUCAGAACAUAAGGAUGCUGCAACGAAGUGAUGGAAGUCCAAGCAUUUCUCAUAGGUUGAUUUCCAUUGAUAACAGUGGUAGAGUGGAAUAUGAUGAUAUGCUGGUAGAUGACCGUGCUCGAUCUUGGCAAGCUGGCUAUCUACCGACUAGCCGAAGUUACGAAAUGGAUGAAGACAGAGAGGAUGAUCUCUCUGCUGAUGGAGAGAGGGGUAACACCAUGGACGAAGAAUACAAAGAGUACGAUCUUUCUGAUGGAGGGAGGGGUAAUGUCAUGGACGAGGAACGAGAUCUUUAUGUUGAACAUUGUACGAAUGGGGAGUACAAUGAAGAAAGUAACAGGAAUUUAGAGGAUAAUAUCGUAUCAGACGAAGAGAUACAAUCCGCCUCCUCAGAUUACAGUAACUGAAACAGGAUUUGUGUUCUUUGUUGGAUUUAAGGCUGUGGCACAAUCCUGAAAAUGGAAGUGUCGGAACACCCCCUGUUUUGCCCACGUUCGGGAAGUGGAUAGCAACCUAAGGACUAAUGCAGUGUCAUUGUACAAUACCAUCCUGUUCAUCUUGCAAGCGGAAGCUGAUGAUUAAUAAGAAUAUGUACGUUUUCUAACAGAAGAACAGACUUUGUCAUUUUAAUAGCUUUAUUGUCACCGCCACAAUGAAUGUA